AUGUUAGCAAUUCGCUCAAUUGCUGCUCCUGCGAGGCGGCAGGCUUUCCAUGCAAUCCCCCGCGCAACAGCAUCAAUUUCUGUCCGAUUCCAACGAGGUUAUGCCACUGACAAGAAGGGAGCAGUCGCCAAGUUCCACGGACAAAAGGACACUGAUGGCCUCUACACAGUUAGUUUGAUCGAGGGUGACGGUAUUGGGCCAGAAAUUUCACAAUCCGUCAAGGACAUCUUCUCAGCCGCCGGCGCUCCAGUCAAGUGGGAACCAGUCGACGUUACCCCAAUACUAAAGGAUGGCAAGACUACAAUCGCGCAAGAGACCAUCGAUAGCAUCAAAAGAAACAAGGUUGCGCUCAAGGGCCCUCUAGCUACACCAAUUGGAAAAGGCCACGUCUCUCUCAACUUAACCCUCCGCCGAACAUUCAACCUUUUCGCAAACGUCCGACCAUGCCGCUCUAUCGCCGGUUACAAGACCCCAUACGAUAACGUAGAUACCGUCCUGAUUCGAGAAAACACCGAGGGAGAAUACUCUGGUAUCGAGCAUAUUGUGGUGGACGGUGUUGUGCAGAGUAUUAAGCUUAUCACAAGGGAGGCAAGUGAGCGCGUGCUGCGAUUCGCAUUCCAGUACGCCGAGAACAUCAACCGUCUUAAGGUCCGCGCAGUACACAAAGCUACCAUCAUGAAGAUGAGUGAUGGUCUUUUCUUGGGAACCGCAAACCGUGUCUCCAAGGAUUACCCAAACGUCGAGUUCGAUGCUGAGCUUUUGGACAACACAUGUUUGAAGAUCGUUACCGAUCCAACACCAUACAACGACAAAGUUCUGGUCAUGCCUAACCUUUAUGGAGACAUUCUCUCCGAUAUGUGCGCUGGGUUGAUUGGUGGUCUUGGUCUUACCCCAUCUGGAAACAUUGGAGACGAAUGCUCCAUUUUCGAGGCUGUUCACGGAUCUGCUCCAGAUAUCGCUGGCAAGGCUCUUGCCAAUCCAACUGCUCUUCUCCUUAGUUCCAUCAUGAUGUUGAGACAUAUGGAAUUGUACGACCACGCGCAGAGAAUUGAGACUGCUAUUUUCGAUACCCUAGCAGAAGGAAAGACGUUGACUGGUGAUUUGGGAGGAAAGUCCAAGACACACGAGUAUGCCGGCGCAAUCAUCAAGCGUUUGUAG